AUGAUAUUGUUUUCAUCAUCAUCAUCAUCAAUAUUUUAUAAAAUUAGAAAUAACUUGCUUUAUUUAUUUAGUAUUUUAUAUAUAGUAGUAAUAUGUUUAUGGGGUGUUAGUAAUGUUGCAGUUGUAGAAUCAGCUGCAAUUAAUACGAAUGGAGGUAGUACAAGUGAUACUUACUGUCCAUAUCAAGCACUUCCAGACACAUUAAAUGAUUUAAAUUUUUUAGGUUUCGAUGGUGAAUUCCACAUACACGAAACUUUUUAUUAUAAUUUCAAAAACUUUCAAAAAUCAAUAUCUUUUACACUUUUACAAAAAAGUGCUUUCCGUAUUUAUACUGCACCACAUGUUGUAGAUAUUGAUCUUUGGUUAUAUAAUAAAUCUGAUUCUUCAAAAGCUGUUGCUCAUACAUCAGAUAUGGGUGGUGAUGAAAAUUUAUAUGCAGAAUUAGAAGCUGGCGAAUAUUUUAUUAAAUUUUUAUUCUUUGGUCAAAAUAAAGCAAGUCAAUUAGAUUGUACAACAAUUACUUUAGAAAUCGCCAUUUCACCAACUAAUAUUAGUUUGGUUCAAUCUAGAAUGCAAGAUUUCGGUUGCCCAAGUAAACAAAUUUUACCAACCAUCAGUUGGACAACAUUACAAAAUACAGGUAAAUUAACCUAUGAUUCAGAUGUUAAUCAAGAUGGUACAGUUUUAAAUAUUAAUGAUAUUGGUUCAACUGAUUUAUAUAAAUUUGCUGCAAAUAUUCCAUUCACUUUACCACAAUCAAAUACAAUUAAUAAAUAUAGUGUUGAUGUUUCAAUGGGUUUUGAUUUUUUAACUGGUGGUUCAUUAAAUGUUUUAAUUCAAAGUGCAGAUUUACCAGCACCAACAAAUCUUUUAUGUUUAAAAGAUGGUAAUUGUACAAUUGGUGUACAUUUAAGUAAGAGUCAUUCAAUUAUAAAGACAGUAUUAUUACCAGGUGAUUAUAUUAUUUGGAUUUAUGAUCAAACUCAAGAGAAAGAUAUGGCAAUUCAAUUAAAAUGUUUACCAUUUUCAAUGUUUAUCGAUAUUCAACCAGCUCAACAAGUUGAGGACUUUUUAAAUUGUCAAUCCUAUUUCUUACCAAGUUCAUUCAAUGAACCUGGCUUUUUAGAUGAUGGUGGUUUUAUGUAUUUCGAUGAGGAUGUUUAUUUAGAUCUCUCUGUAAAGAGUGUAGCAAUCACAUUCAACCUCACACAACCAAGUUAUUUCCGUACUUAUAUUCCAGAUUUUCGUGUCGAUAUCGAUAUUUCAUUGACAAAGAUUGGCGUUGCACAACCAAUUGCACGUUCAUACAAAUUUGGAGGUGAGGAGGAGAUUAACGCUCAAUUGAAUCAAGGUAGUUACAUUUUAACUUUAUUCUACUUUGGUAAGAAUGCAGAUGUAUUUUGUGACGAAUAUGCAUUGGAAGUUGCAAUCGUACCUCAAACCGAUUAUAUUGGUAGCACUUGUACAACCUCAUCUGCACCAGAUUUCUCAAGCAUUAAUCAAACACUUUUCAAUAGUGCCUCAAAAUCCUAUAGUUUGAAUGCAGUUGCUGGUCAAACAAUUCCAAGAUAUCAAUAUGUUUUCGAUAAAACCGAUCUUAAUCCACAAACUUUAGCCUCUGUAAAUUUCACAAUUCCAGACGAUGGUGAUGAAGAUGGUAUCUAUUUCUUUGAAUCAAUCAUAGAGAGUAGUUUUGUAUUGGGUGACGUUCGUUUAGUACUCACCGAUUUAGCAAUGACUCAAGAUCAAUCAAAUAUCGUUUACGUUGGAUCACAUGAUCGUAAUCGUCAUAUCAUUUCAUUACGUAUUUAUCCAGGUGAUUAUCAAAUUCAAAUUCAAACUCCAAGAAUCUCUCAAAAUCAACUCGAUUAUCUUCCAUCCUGUUUAACCUAUUCACUUAGUAUGAUCAUUAAACCAUCGAAUGGUGAUGAAUUCGAUCCAUCAUGUUUUGGUUUAGUUAGUAUUUUACCAGGUGAUUUAAAUACUCCAGCUUAUUUAGGUACUUCAAAUCGUUUACAUGUCUCUGGUGAAUAUUUAAUUCCAACUUUACCAAUUUUCACUUCAACUAGUACCUAUCACAAUUUCACCGUAGCAUUGGAUUCCAUUCUUAGAGUUUACACUCAAUACAAUAAAGUCGAUAUUGAUUUAAAUCUUUAUGAAAAUGGUAAAUUAGUUUCAUGGAAUACUCGUUUCUACACUGAAGAGGCUAUGGUUUAUCAAUUAAAGAAAAAUACACCAUAUCAAUUACGUAUUAAAUAUUUCCGUCUUAGUAUUUCAUCAAUUCCAGCUUGUUCAACCUUUAAUUUAGAAAUGGUUAUUUCACCACUUCAAGAGAAUCCAAAGGAUUCUUGUAAACAAUUGAAUCAAGUACCAUCCAAUCUCAUUCCAACACCAACUUUAACUCCAUUCUUUUCAAGUGAAUCCUAUAAUUUCAAUCAAAAUUCAUCUGCAAUGACAUUUAAAUUACCAUUUGUCGUUCCAGUGAAAUCAGGUUCCGCUAUCUUCCGUGCUGUCUUAUCCUAUGAUUUCAUUUGGAAUAAUUUAGCAAUCGUUUUGAAAUCUUCUUCCUCAGCAAAUACCAUUAGUGAUGGUGUUUUAGGUUAUAAUAGACAUGAAAUUGAAAUUUUAGAACUUGUACCAGGUUCUUAUGAAUUGGAUAUUUACGAACCUUUCCCAACUCAAUCAAAUCAACUCAACCUAAAGAAUUGUGUAGAUUUCGUAUUGGAAGUUGGUAUUCAAAUUAAAGAUGAAUCCGAUGUCGAUAAGGAUACCGUAGUUUGUCCAGUUUUAAUGUUCCCAAGUACUUUGAAUUCAAUUGGUUAUCUCUCUGCAUUAAGUGGUGAUUCUCUCUACUUCCAAGAGUCAGUUUUAGCCGAUGUACUCACUGGUAAGGAUGUUGUCACUUUCUCUACUAAAGACACUGAAGAAAGUUCUUUGGUUAGAAUUUAUAUUCCAGCUCAUAAGAAAUUGGAUAUCAAUGUUAUCCUCUCUUACACUAGUUCAGGUGCCACCAUCGUUGCAAGUAGAGCCAUUGGUGAGGAUAUUAUCUAUGUCCAUUUGGAUGCCGAUGACUAUACUAUCACUUUCUAUUAUUAUGGUUUGGGUGGUCCAAUACCAAAACUUGAAGAUUGUCCAUCAUUUGAUGUAUUCAUUUCUAUCGUACCAGAUUCUCAAUUACUCAAGAAUAAAAUGAUCACUUCAGCUUGUCCAAAUACAGCUCCAAUUCCAACCACCGUUCAAGGUAAUACACCAGUUAGCAAUCAAUACUAUCGUUCAAUGUCAAUUACCCCUCAAGUUACAUCCAUUCCAUUCACAGCCACCAAUUACACUCAUUUCUAUGCAAACCUCGAUUAUAAUGAUUUGGUUGCAUCAAUGGCAAUGAAACUCGAAGGUAAUUACACCAAACUCGGUGAAAAUAUUCGUCUCCGUUAUUCACCACUCUAUCAAGGUGGUGAGGCUUUCAUCAAUGAAGUCAUUCCACCAGGUUCCUACGUAUUGACAAUCUAUGAUGCUUUCAAAAGUCCAGUACCAUUCAAUAGUAUCAAAUGUGCUCCAUUCUCUUUCUCUUAUUAUCUCAAUGCUAGUGCAGGUGUUUCACCAACUUGUGAAGCCAUUCCAUUGCCAACCGAUAUUUCCAAAGGUGGUGAAGCCAUUGGUGGACCACAAACAAAGACUGGUGAAGUUAGACUUUCAACUCGUCGUGCUUUAAUUCCAAAUGACAAGAGACCAACUCGUAUUAGUUUCAUUAAUCCAUCGGCUGUUUCUUACAUUCGUAUUUUAACAACCGCUGAUCCAGGUAAUGAUAUCGAUUUCUUUAUCUUCCAAAAUGCCUCAUCUACUUUCCCACUCUAUUCAUCAAUUCAAUCAGUUACCACAGAUAAUAACGUUUGGAAACUUGAUCCACAAAGUACUCCAUACGUAUUGGAGAUUAAAUACUUUAAGAUUAACACCAAAGUCAAUUGUAAUUUCUUUAGUUUUGAUUUAGCCAUUUCAAAUAUUCAAACCAUUCAAAAUGAACUCCUUUGUCCAUCAAAUCCACCAUCUGAAGAUGUUCAAGUCCCACCAGGUGGCGUUAGUUUCCCAUAUGGUAAAGAUGUUCAAAUUGGUUCAGAUGGUUAUUAUUUCUCAAAGAGUCGUGUUGAUUUGAAUACUCACGACGGUAUUUUCUCCUAUGGUAUCUCUCUCACUGUUAUGGGUCCAGUUUUAAUGUAUGCCAAUCUUGGUUUCGAUUUCCUUGCCAAUGAUUUCAAUAUGAUCCUUAGUAAUGUAAGUUCCACCGGUGCACUCACUCCAUUGGCUAGAGGUAUCGAUUCAAUUCCAAUCAAUGAUAACUCUGAAGUAGACAUUUAUAAUACCAUCAACUAUCAAUUGGAUUCAGGUAAAUACUUACUUCAAAUCACUGAAGAUGUCGAUUACAAUUCCUUUGGUCUCAACGUUAGUUGUCAUAGUUUCACCUUCUCUUUAAGAGGUUCAUCACAAGUCUCUGGUAUUGGUCCAAGAGUUACUGGCGUCUCACCAAAGAGUGCAACCAAUCUUUUGGUCAACAAAGAUUAUACUAUCACCGUUAUUUUCAGUGAAACUUUCCAACUUCCACAAGCUUCAGUUGGUACUGCAUUACUUGAUUAUAUUGUCAACAAUCGUGCAAUCUUCCUCCAAAGUACUGCAAAGAAUGCCGCUGUAAUCAAUGCAAAUGCCGCCGUUAGCUUUAAGGAUUUAAGUAUUAUGCUUACUUUCCCAAAGGAAUCAAUCGUUCCAGGUGUAACUUAUAUAUUAAGAGUCGAUGCCAACUAUUUUGUAAACUCUAACAAUAUUAUCUUUGCCAAUGAAAAUACAACUCUUGAUCAUACCUAUGCAUUCUUGGGUUGUAAUUGUAAUGGUCAUGGUACUUGUGGUGAUGAUGGUGUAACUUGUGUUUGUAAAGAUCCAUGGGCUGGUAUUGAUUGUUCAAAAUGUAAAGCCGGUUAUCAUGGUGUAGCAAGUCAAUGCGUUCCAAAUACCUAUUGUGAUGGUGAUAACACUUGUAAUGGUCAUGGUAAAUGUUCCGAUGGUAAUGGUUAUCCAGAAUGUAAAUGUAACACUGGUUAUGAUAGUUCAAGUAAUUCCUUUUGCGGUAGUUGUGCAUUUGGUUACUCUGGUUAUCCAAAAUGUGUUUACACACCAGAUAGUGAACCAACCUUUUGCAUGGCUCCAAUUCUUCCAUCCUCUCUAAACUCUUUUGAAUAUUUAGGUUUCCAAUCAAGCGUUCAUCUCCAAGAUAACUUUUAUUUGGAUAUUGUCUCAGGUGGUCAUGAUAUAUUCUUUACAAUCACUGAAACCUCAGUACUUCGUGUCUACACAGAACCACAUCAAUUGGAUGUUGAUCUUUGGUUAUACAACGCUACCUCCACCGGUGAUAUCGUUAACACUGUCGAUCGUUCAAUUACUUUCAAUCAUGAAGAGGUAGUUUUGGAUGUUUUAGAUGCUGGUAGUUAUUUACUCUCACUUAAAUACUACGAUUGGGGUAAAUUAAAAUCAAAUUGUCCAACCUUUAAUUUGGAGUUAGCAAUCGAUACUCUAGCUGAAUUACAAAGUAAAACCGAUGCUUUGAAGUUAUGUAAUGGCGCAACCAAAUUACCAGACUCUACUAAUAUUCCAAAAACAAUCACUCAAGAAUUUACAUUUGAUGAUCCAUCCAUUGGUUUCAUUGCACCAGUUUCAAAUACAAAAAAUACCUUAUACCUUUGGAAUUAUACUUUUACCGUUGCUCCAACUCAAGAUGGUAAAGUUGCUUUGGCAGAUAUUGAAAUUGGUUACCAAUUCCUUCCAGGUGAUCUUUCAUUGGUCAUUCAAUCAGGUGAUGGUAAAGGUGGUCUUACUUGUAAGGGUUCAACCGAUACUACCGUUAGUGGUUGUGUCUAUGGUGAUAAUGAAUUGAAUAGAAAUGUAAUUCAUGCAACUUUAGCACCAGGUAUUUAUACAAUUUGGAUUUAUGCACCAGAGUUUAACAAUGCAACCAAUAUGAAUUGUGCUCCAUUCAACUUUAAAUCAAAAUUCGUUUUCAUUAAUGAUGAUGAAGAUUACUUUAACUGUGAAGGUGAAAUCUUACCAAAAUCAUUAAACAACCCACAAUUCCUUGUUAAUAAUUAUCUUCACGUUCAAGAUCUUUACUUGGUAGAUAGUAAACAUAGUAACAUCACUUUCAAUGUUGGUGUAACCUCUUUCAUUAGAGUUAACGCUCAACAAAACAAUGCAAUCGUAAUGAUUACCCUUAUCAACUCAAAGACUAAUGAAGUUUUCGAUAAGGAUUCAAGCGUUAUCUUUUUAAGAAUUGCACCAGGUGAUUACAUUAUCACCAUUGAAAGCAAUCAUAUUUCAAGUGCUAAAAACUUUUGUCCAUUAUUAAACAUUGAGAUCGCAAUCGAAGAUGUUAAUACACCAUUACUCACUCCACCAAUUUGUCCAGAAACCGGUGUUAAGAAUACACCAUCCUUUAAUUUCGAUACACUUCCAUUCGUUUUUGAAAAUGGUACUCUCCAUAAGAAGAUCUAUACCGUUAGCUCAAAGAGUGAACAAAUCGUCUCAGCCUAUCCAUUCACUGUUACUCAAUCAGUUCAAUUCUAUUCAGCCGUCGCCAGUGAAUUCCUUCGUGGUGAUUUACGUAUUAAUCUUUACAAGAUUUUGGAUGAUAAUAGAAAAUCUCAAAUGCUUUUCAUUCAAGGUAAUCAUGAUUACAACUACAAUUGGAUUCAAGAAACUUUAGAAGCUGGUUCUUACAUGGCCAAGAUUGAACGUCCACAAUUUAACAUUGGUUCUGGUCAACCAACUUGUAUUCCAUUCGAAUUUGAAUUCUCCCUCCACCCACUCUCUGCCGUACCAAAAUGUCCAGGUGAAUCAAUUCCACUUAGUUGGAAUACCAUUCGUUUCUUGGGUACUGAAGGUAAAAUGCAUUAUCAAUCCGAUAAUUUCGUCGUACCACAAGGUAAAUAUACUCAUGUUGAAAUUCCACUUCAAACUGUAAACGAUUCUAUCAUUCGUAUCUAUGUCAAUCCACAUAUUGUCGAUAUCGAUAUUCGUUUGAAAGAUCCAUUCACAAAUCAAACCUUAAUUAGUGGUUCAAACCUUAUCAACACUGAAGAAUCAUUUGUCUAUCAACUUAGUGCUGGUUCUGUAUAUUAUCUCCAACUUCAAUUCUGGAAAUGGUCAAAUAAUAUUCCAUUAUGUAAUGUUUUCAGUUUAGAGAUUGCAGUUGCACCAGUGUCUGGAAUUAAACCCGCUCAAUGUAAAGAUAACGCAAGUUAUUGGCCAACCGUUCCUUCAACAUUUAUUGGUGAUUUAUACGAUUAUAGUAGUUUAGAUAGUGAUACACAAUAUUACUUCCAACAAGCUGCAACAGCUCUUCAAUCUAAAGAAUACACUUUCACCACAAAAUCCGUUACAAAUAUUCACGUUCAAGUUGGUUAUGAUUUCCUUACAGGUGAUUUAGCUAUCAAAUUGAUUUCACUCUCUUCAAAGAAUAAAAAGGUUUACUAUGGUACAAUCGCACCAAAUAGAAAUAUUCUCGAAGUUACCAACUUACCAAUUGGCAACUAUCAAUUGGUUAUCUAUGAGCCAUUUAGUAGUUUGAAAUCAAUUAUGGGUUGUUCAUUCUUUAACUUUGAUUUCUAUUUAGAGCCAAAUUCAAACUAUGAUCAAGAAGAUGGUUUCUAUCAUUAUCUUCCUUCAACUUUGGAUUCCUAUGCCUAUCUCAACUAUGAUAUGUCUACUCAUCUCCAAGGUGAAUAUAUGAUGUUUGAUGGUAUCGAUGCUCAUAAUACUGUUCCUUUCACUAUUACAGGUUCUAAUUCAUUCAUUAGAGUUCAAGCUUCAAUUCUUCCAGAUGAUGAAAGUGAUAUUCACUCUGAUAUUCUCACACCAUUUGUUAAAAUUGACAAUUCACAGCCUGGUUCCCUCGCUCAAAUUUUAAAACCAGGUCAAUACACACUCCAAAUCUUACCAGGUAUUCGUCCAUCACCAAAUACUGCAGUCAAUUUAGAAAUUGCCAUUGCAACUGUUGAACAAGUAAACAAAUCAAUUAACGCCAUUACAGCUCCAAAAGAUUGUGCCACUUCUGCACCAGUAUCAAUCAAUCCAUCUGCUAUCGAUGGUUCAUUCUAUUAUAGUGAAACCUUAUAUGCAUCCUAUGAUAAAGUUACUAAUCAAAGUAUUAUUAAUCAUUCACCAUUUGUUCUCACUCAACCAACUCUUGUUUACAUUCAAAUUGGUUAUCAAUUCCUCCUUGGUGAUUUUGAUAUGUAUAUCGCAAGUGAAGAUAGACGUAGUCUUCGUCUCUUGGGUAAAAGUAAUCGUAAUACCAAUGAAAUCAACGUUAUCCUUCCAGCUGGUAGCUAUUCACUCACUAUUGUCAAUCCAGUAAAAACACCAACCGAUUUUGGUAAACAUUGUACUCCAUAUCGUUUAUCAAUUGCUUUCCGUAGUUCAUCAUCAACUGGUCAUACCGAUUGUUCCAUUUUCAACUCAAUUCCUUGGGAUUUGAAUUCAGCAACUGGUGGUUCCGUUGGAUUUGGUGGCCCAAUCGAUGGUGAAGGUAAUUUACGUCUCUACAGUGAUGAUUUCAUGGCUCCAUCAACAGCCUCCACUCAAAAUAUCUCCUUUACAAUCGGUCAACCAACAUUUGUAAACAUUUUCACUAUCGAUGAUCUCACUGCCUCAAUCGAUGCCGAUAUCUUUGUCAAGAAUACCGCCAAUGAUCAAGAUCUUCUCUAUGAUGUUACACUUCAUAAUACCGCUCAACAUUCAAUGUUAUUCGUUGCCAAUCCACCAAAAUCUGGUCUCCAAAGUGAUUUCUCAAUUAGUUUAACAUUCAAAGGUGUAUCUAAAGAUGCUUGUCCAGCUUUUGGUUUACAAGUGGUAAUGAAACCUGUCUCUUAUUUAACCAAUCAACUCUAUUGUACAAAGAAUUUCCAUCCAAAACUUCCAAAUACAAAUCCAAAACCAAAUCAAUAUGGUGCAGUCAAUGAAUAUAUCUCCUCAAGUAUGCCAGGUGAUUACAUCAAUAGUAUGGCCACUGCUAACAAUCAAUUCGAAUACAAUAUCGAUUUCUCUUUGGAUCGUAUCUCUCGUAUUGAAGCUUCCAUUAGUUUCGAUUCAAUUGCCACCAACUUUUAUUUGAAACUUUCAACUAGAACCACCGAUAAGAGUGGUAAAGUUGUUCGUAAUUCAAUUAGCACCGGUGAUUGGAAUGCUGAAAAUUCAUUUGGUGAAACCACAAUGACCUCUUCCAUCUCAAGCUCACGUUUAGCCAUUGGUAACUAUUCAAUCACAAUCGUUCAACCAAAAUAUCAACCAAACUCUUGGAUUACCUCAAGUAUCUAUGGUGAAUUAUGUUUCCCAUUCACUUAUUCCCUCACAAUUAUGGAUAGAAAUCAAGUUUAUGCUGGUUCAGUCACUCCUAGCAAUGGUUUCAAUCUUUUACCAAAUCAUGAUCUCAAUUUAGUCUUCCAAACUCAUUCAACACUCUAUAGUGACGCUCAAGCUACCAUCUUUUGUAAUUCUUCUCAAUAUAUUAAAGAUACCUUUUAUUUGGCAAGUCAAUCCUCUAGUGAUACCAUCGCACCAUCCAAUGUUAUUUGUGGUGCUGAUGAUGGAACUAAAUGGAUUUUUGUAUUCUCAAAUGAUUCACUCGUUGCCGACUCUUCCUAUAUCCUCAGUAUUCGUGAUGGAAAACUCUUUGAUUCUACUGCUGUACCAGCAAUACUUCCACCACAACAUAUCUACACCAUGUUGGACACCUCUUGUUCAAACAAUGGUUAUUUCAAAGAUUCAGGUUGUAUAUGUGCUAAAGGUUACACUGGUGUAGAUUGUAACAAUUGUGCACUAGAUUAUCAUAAUAUUGACACUCAAGGCUCCCCAAUUUGUGUUAAAUCCGAAUGUGAACCAUACUAUUGUGGUUGUGAUCCAAAUAAUAACUCCACUUGUACUCAAUUGGGUAAAUGUGUAACUAACACAGAUGGCAAUGCAGUUUGUAUUUGUUCUGGACCAUACAGUGGUACAACUUGUAAUAAGUGUGCUUUGGGCUAUCAUAACUAUCCAUAUUGCACAGUGUGGAAGGAUUGUGGUGAUUGUGGUAAAGGUAGUUGUGAUCAUGAAAAUGGUCAAUGUACUUGUCCAGAUAACUAUCAAGGUCCAUCAUGUUCUCAAUGCGCCGAUGGCUACAGUGGUAGUGAUUGUAAAAAGAAUGGUUCCGGUGCUAUCGUUGCCUUGGAAGUUAUUGGUGCCUUAGUAGUUGCCUCCAUUUUAAUUGGUGCUGCCAUUUGGUAUAUCAGAAAUCGUUAUAGAUCAGGUGUCACUCGUUAUAAGAUGUUACCAAAAUUCGAUUUCGAUAAUGAUGGUGAACAUACAACUCAAUUCCCUGGUCUUUAUGAUGACGAUGAUGAUGCUUUUGGUGGUGGUGAUAAUUCCGCAAAUAAAAACGAUAAAUCCAUCAAUAGAUCUGGUGGUAAAACUCACGUAUUCAGUUUCAGUGGUAUGCCUUCAUCUGCCAUCGACUCUGAUGAUGAUGAUGACUAUGAACAACAACAAAAAGUAAAAGCUGAAAAUCAUAAAACCAAUCAUUUAUUCGAUAUGUAA